AUCGCUGAGCGGCAAAAAGAAGUCCCUUCUCUUCAAUUCAAAAAAUCAAUACUUUCAUCAAUUCUCUCUCUCUCCUAAAUGAGAUACACCCUAGUCCCUUCACAAACCCUCUUCCCCAAUCUACAAAAUUCCCCUCUUCUUCACAAAAAAAACCCCCACAAUCAGCUGAAUAUCAGUGAUUGAUGGAGAAAACUUCAGCAACGAAUAAACUCUGAUUACUAAAACAUCUUGUUUUUAUCAGUUGUUUAGUUUUGUUUUUAGGUAGGGGGUUCAGAAAUGCCUUUGAGAUCUGAUCAUGGAGAGGGAGGCUAACCUUCCAACAGCCCUAACUUCUUCUUCGCCAUCUAAAGAUAAUAAGAAUCUGGCUGAUACUCAUACUUCUCGCUCUUCCAUCACUUCUUCUUCCAAUAAUUCCCAGGAUUAUCUACGGGAUGUUCAGGCUGCUCUCAAGCGCCACAGACCUCUCUGUACAAUGCAGUCGAGUAGUAUUCAACCUAGACGUAUUUUUCUUCCACAGAGGCAAAAAUCAAGACCCAUUGAUUCUAUUGCUGGAUUUACAGAAGAGACCGACAAAUCACAAGACUUGGCAUCAUCAAGACAGUCUAAUACUGCAGCUGAGGAGUUAAUUCGUCAGCGAAAUUCUUAUGAAUCAUCGACUAACCCACCUCCCAUUACGGGGACAUUUACAAGUUCAGAUCCUAAUGAUAAUGUUGCUGAUAAUAACAAUAAUGUACCGCAGAACAUCUCAAUGUUUGAAUGUCAGAAUAAGAAGGUUCAGUUUUAUUUGGAUGAAAAGAGGGCCGAUGAGCGUAUUAUGGCCACUGAAAUGGACUACUUAUCGUCUCACAUGAGUUCUGUUGCAUUCACAGAAAUGGAUUACGAUGUGAAUAGUCAUGUCGAGAUGUCAGCAGAUCACAAUUACAAUACGAACGAGCAACAUUCGCAGAAGUUAGGAAUUCUCGAGAGGUCAACUAGUGGGAUUUCUUCGUUGUUAGCCAAGAGGAGCAUGCUGGUACAGGAUCAGCAACACCAAUUUGCGGAGUUUGUUGGGAAGAAUCCGAUUGUUCAAUCUUCAGUUGUCGAGUCAUCAUGUGCGACUACGACAUCUGUCCAUUCGAGAUCUGCACCCAUGCUUAGUUCUACAACAUACGAAGCUCAAUGCCGUGGUAACACUUCUCACAUGGAAAUCGAAAAUGUAGAUACAAACCCUCAAGCUAAAAAUCUUGGAUUUUCAGUGCACCCACCAUGUUCUACAUCUCAAUCUGCUAGUGCAGAGUUAGCUGACCAGCCAACCCAAGCAUCUAUCUCUGCUGUGGAAACUUCUUUAGUUCAUCAUAAUUCAAAGGGUCAGCCAGGCUGUGCGCUUGUGGGGACUGAUGGUUUGAAGGAUGGAGUUGAUGACCAUGCAAAGGGUUCUUCUAUUGUCCAUGAUAGUUCCAUUAAAGAGAAAGUGUCUUCUGCUGAUAUUACCGAUGUACAAUCACAAGCUCCUCAAACGAAAAGCUCAUAUUCAGAUGCUAGACCGGAGUCAUCUAAUCCUGAUAAGCCUUCUAAAUCCUUAAGUGGCAAAGGUUCAUCAGCUCCUCGCAAGAAAGGUUAUAAUCCAGAUGUGUUCUUUAAAGUUAAUGGGACGCUGUAUCAGAAGCUGGGGAAGAUUGGUAGUGGAGGAAGCAGUGAGGUUCACAAGGUCAUUACAUCAGAUUGUACCAUCUAUGCUCUAAAGAAGAUUAAGCUAAAAGGUCGUGAUUACUCUACUGCUUUUGGGUUUUGUCAGGAAAUCGAAUAUCUAAACAAGCUGAAAGGGAGGAAGAACAUUAUACAACUGAUUGAUUAUGAGAUGACUGAGUACAUCAUUAGAUGGUUAAUCAAAAUUGUGACUUUCAUACAAGUAACAGACAAGUCCAACUCAAGGAUAACAGAUAAGAUUUUGCUCAAGGAAGUAUUGAAUGGCGCCAUGAGUAUCAAGGAUGGGAAAAUCAAGGAUGAUGGAUAUGUAUACAUGGUACUAGAAUAUGGAGAGAUUGAUUUGGCUCAUAUGCUGUCCCACGAGUGGAAAGAAAUGGAGCGCUCCAACUUGAGUAUGGACGAAAAUUGGUUGCGGUUCUAUUGGAAGCAAAUACUUCAAGCUGUAAACACAAUACAUGAGGAGCGUAUUGUGCACUCUGAUUUGAAGCCAGCUAAUUUCCUCCUUGUCAGAGGCUCCUUGAAGCUGAUUGAUUUUGGGAUUGCGAAAGCUAUAAAUAAUGAUACGACUAACAUUCAGCGGGACUCACAGGCUGGUACAGUGAGCUACAUGUCUCCAGAAGCUUUCAUGUGCAAUGAAACUGAUUCUGAUGGAAAUGCUAUAAAGUGUGGUCGACCAUCAGAUAUCUGGUCCCUUGGCUGCAUCCUGUAUCAAAUGGUCUAUGGGAGAACACCAUUUGCCGAAUACAAGACUUUCUUUACAAAAUUCAAGGCGAUCACAGAUAGGAAUCAUGAAAUCCCCUAUGGACCAGUUUCAAAUCCAUUGUUAAUUGAUCUAAUGAAGAAAUGCCUUGCAUGGGAUCGCAAUGAAAGGUGGCGGAUACCUCAGUUGCUCCAACAUCCCUUCCUAGUCCCUCCAAUACCGACUUCUCACUUAUCUUGCCCCCAGCUAGACCCAAGACAUAAACUGCAGGAAGCAUCUAGGUUAUGUUCUCAGAUCCUAAAUGGUUGGACAGACACCAGUAAACCAUUGUCAUCACUGUUGAAUAUCUCUUCGGCAUCACAAGAGAAGCACUCUGAGUUGAUAUUGCAAUUUUUAAGACUUGGUCAGCAAAUCGAACACUUAAAUAUCGGGAAAGAUGUAGAAUAGAAGAUCCACCACUUCUGUAAACUCAACUAUUUUAGCUUGUAGUGCCCAUUUAUAUCCCAUCCCUCGUUUGUGCAGUUCUAUGAUCUCAUUAUGUGCAACUGUUGUUUUAUUUCGUCCACAGAUGAGAAAUUAGUGUAGAUUGUGUUGUUGUGAUACAUUUUACUGCAAGAUACAAACUGUUAUGUGUGUAGCUUUACAUAUGAUUUUUGAUAUUACUUA